AUGGACUCCGAUAAGCUCUCCCCAAUGAUCCUUCGGAUACGACCGAGAGCCUCUCAUAAAAUCGUCGGUAUUGGGGUUGUUGUGGUUGCCCUUCUCUAUAUCGCCACCCAGUUCUCAGGCUAUCAGAUUUCGACUUCGAAUCUUCUAGCUGCUACAACAACAGCAGCUUCGGCAGUUGCUUCCAGUCCUGAAACUGCGGCAGGUACUCGGGUCGAUGCCGAAUUCGAGCCUAUCCCGAACAUCGUCCAUUAUGUCUGGCUUCUCAACCCUAAAAAGGACAAUACGCGCUUAGAAUUCAAGCAUUUCCUGUCGCUGUAUGCUGCCUCGAUCUACUGGAACCCCGACAAGAUUUACAUUCACACCGAUAUUCCAGAGGGCGGGUUCCUACCUGAACCAGCGGCGGAGACCCCUCGGGAUCAGUGGAAUCUCCUUAUCGCCAAUCGGCCGAACGUCGAGAUCAACCACGUCACCGCGCCAGCCAUGGUGCCCGGUAGGAACAGGACAAUCACCGGAAUCGAGCACAAGUCUGAUUUUUUGAGGCUGCAGAUGAUGCGGAGGUACGGCGGCGUUUACCUUGAUUGGGAUGCCCAUCCCCUCCGUGACAUCAAGCCGUUGAGAUACUCUGGGUUUAAGGCUAUUGUUGGAAGAGAGCCAAGUAGCAGAAUCCAAACUGGGACCUAUAUGGCCACGAAAGAUUCAAUCUUGAUGGAAACAUGGUCUGAGAAAAUGAGUCUGGCCUAUGACGGCACCUGGACACACCACAGCAAUACUCUUCUCACAUAUCUUGCUCCGAGAACAGUGCCACAACCCGGCGAGGUUUUGAUCAUGGAGCAAGAUGCAUUCACCCCAGGAGACUUUACCACUCUUUCGUACAAUCGAUUCUACGAUAUCCACCCUGAAAGCCCCAUCCAGGAUCUCAGUGACUCGUGGGAAGGCCUCUUCGACCGCUUCGAUGAACCGCAGCGUUGGCCAAAGUGGCACAUUAACUAUUCUGCAACUUAUGUCCUCCACGUCUUCGGUCUACAACGUGCGCACAAGGACCUGAAGCUGAAUGGCUUCACUGAAUUGACUCCUGAAUAUGUGCUUGCCAGGCAGAGCAAUGCCGCCCGAGCCUUAUACCCAACGGCAAGACGAAUGGUCGAGGAACGGCUAAUAAUGGAUCCAUUCGCGGAGUAA